AUGAUGUCGGCAAAGCUGCAGGAGUCGGCGGCCACCGGAGCUCAGAAGCCCACGACAACCCGGCCAGCCGAACAAGCUACAACGUCUUCCAUUGAGCCGUCCCAGGCCCUGAAGAACAUGGCAGCCAGCGGCAAGAGUCCCUACGUUCAGUCGCAGAAGGACAGUGCCAUCAAAUGGCAGCUCUGGGGCUCCGAGUCCAUCGAGCGGGCAAAGAAGGAGAACAAGCUCAUAUUCUUGCACAUUGGCUUCAGCGCGUCUCACUACUGCUAUCUCACGAUUCAGGAGUCAUUCUCGAACCGCAACGUCGUCGACCUGCUCAACAAGCACUUUAUUCCCAUCAUUGUCGACCAAGAGGAGCGGCCCGAUCUUGAUAGUAUAUACAUAAACUAUGUCCAAUCGCUGAACAGCGCCGCCGGCCACCCCCUAAAUGUUUUCCUCACGCCCGAGCUCGAGCCUGUCUUUGGAGGCACCUACUUUCCGAGCCCCGGCUCCCACCAGAUUGAUCAAGAGACGGGCGAGGAAAUUGCGGACUUCCUCAUGGUUUUGCGCAAGGCCGAGUCAGCAUGGGCGGAACAAGAGGCACAGGUUCGGGCUGAUGGAAAACAAAGUGUUGAGGAUGUGCGCAAGAUGACGAGUGAGGGAACAAUGGGCCAAACGCGAGAUGCCCAACCCACGCCCAGCUCCUCUGGUGAUCUCGAUAUCGACCAACUCGAAGAAGCCUACAGCCAUAUUGUCAAGACCUUUGACAGAACACAUGGCGGUUUUCUGCAUUUGCCGGCCACUGCGCCGUCUAAUUUCUUCUCGGGAAGCAUCCCACUUGACCAAAUGAGAGAAGCUUACGAUCUCAUCAGAAGUACUGCCAAAUUUCUGACACCUGCGAAGCUCUCCUUCCUCCUCCGGGCCACCCAGUACUCACAAAUCGUCAUCGAUAUUAUUGGAGAUGAACUCAGUUCUGAAUGCUCAAAUUUCGCUCUCAAAACCCUCAUCCACAUGGCGAAUGGUGCAAUCCAUGAUCAGGUGAGCACUGGAUUCCACCGCUGCUCGACGACAUGGGACUGGUCUCUUCCCACAUUUGAGAAGAUGCUGUCAGACAACGCGCUGGCCCUUGGGAUUUACCUUGAUGCUUGGCUUCUGCAGGGUGCCAAAGCCAAUGACCAGUUUGCCAAGGUUGUACUUGAGCUCGCGGAUCACCUGACUACCGCGCCAGUCCUGCUAGGAGGCGGUGGUUUUGCGUCCAGCGAAGCCGCAGACUCUAGCAACAAGCAAGGCGACAGCGUGCUGCGUCAUGGGGCAUACUACUUGUGGACGAGAAAGGAGUUUGACACGGUCAUCGGGGAUGAGCAGCAGAGCACCGUAGCGGCAGCUUACUGGAACGUAAAGGAGCACGGAAACGUGGAAAAGGACCAAGAUCCCAACGACGAGUACCUCAACCAAAAUGUGCUUCGCGUAAUCAAGACCCCAGCGGAACUCAGUUCCCAGUUCAAGAUUUCAGAAUCCGAGGCUAUGCAGCGGGUGGAAUCUGCAAAGGCGAAGCUGAACUCGCACCGAACGCGAGAGCGUCCUCGUCCAGCGCUGGACACCAAAGUCAUUACAGCUUUCAAUGGCAUGGCGAUUGCGGUUCUAUCCCGGACAUAUGCUGCUCUCAAGGCCGCUGGUGGGUCUCGCCGUGAGUCGGAUUACCUCUCUGCUGCAAUUGGAGCAGCUCAAUUCAUCAAGAAAGAGAUGUGGGACCCCAAUACGAAGACACUGUACCGCAUGUUCUUUGAUGGCGGGCGAAGCUCGACCAAGGGGUUCUCAGGAGAUUACGCCUUCUUGAUUGAGGGCUUGUUGGAGCUCUACGAGGCUACUGCUGAUGAAUCUUGGCUCGAAUGGGCUGAUCAGCUGCAAGGGGCUCAAAUCGCCAACUUCUAUGACAGCACCGAUGCCGAACCUGACAGAAACAACGCCCGAUGCGGCGCGUUUUAUCGAGCGGCCAAGGAUGAACCGUACAGCCUGCUACGUAUCAAGGACGUUAUGGAUACCUCUCAGCCAUCCGAUAACGCCGUCUCUGCUGCCAACUUAUUCCGCCUCGGUGCCUUACUCGAUAGGGAAGCAUACACGCGACUCGCACAGGAGACAGUCGAUGCAUUUGAGGCCGAGAUCCUCCAGUAUCCAUACCUCUUCCCUGGUAUGAUGACCUGUGUAGUUGCCUCAAAGCUCGGAGUCAAGCGUCUUGUAUCCAUUGGGGAUCAAGGAGAGUCUGUGAAGAAGUAUCAUCUCUCUCCCAGAGGAGGAUUAUCUACACUGCUCUUUUUCAAGCCUGAGAGCAAAUUGACAUCGCGGGACAGUAAAUACUUGGCGCAACUCAGCAAGCAGCAACCCGGAGUUUACUCUAUUGAAGCGGGUGGCCAAGUCCAGUCAAGCUAA